AAAGAGAAGAGACAUCAUUCUCCUUGGCUUUGGACUUCACUUACCGAGCCCCUGAGCACGGAAGUCUACUUUGUCAAGUUGUGACCUGCCAAAAGUGUUCCAGUCUUCGCUUGCAACUUCCUUGGUUUUGGACUCUCUGGUCUGACCCUGGCAGGAAUCAGAGAAGUUGGGAGGGACCAAGGUUGCUAAGAGACCACCUGCGCCGAAUGCACUUUGUUCUAGCAAGAGCUUGCGGAGUGAACCCUGGGAGUGGGGUUAUCUACCAUUACCUGGGAUUAAGUCAGGGAGCAAGAGCAUUCUGGAUAUGAUGUGUAAAAACUGGAUAUUAAUGUCUACUACUAUUCCUGCAAGUCCAGAAGAUGAAAUUCUUGGAAGACUUCUAAAAAUUUUGUUUGUUAUCUUUGUUGACUUUAUGUGUAUUAUAUAUGUCAUUAUAACUUCCUAAAGAGCUGAAUUCCCUUGCUUCACAUGUAAAUUUCACAUUAAUUCCACUGAAUAAAAUUUGUAGUUUAA